AUGAGCCUCGCUCGUCUCCUCAUCUCACUUCUUCCACAGCUGGUGGUCCUCAAAGGGACACCUGUGCCUGGUAGACGUUUCCUUCCAGCGUCCUCUUCCUCUUCGACCACGAAAUCAGUUGAUCGGCCCUCUGCACGCAGGAACCCAUUUUCUAGUUCGCGACCGGCGCCGGUGCCUUCCUCAUCCUAUCCCGUUGCAACACCGCGCUUCCAACAGUCAACGCAAAAGACAGAUGAUAUCCAGACAAGCUUUGAUGACGAAGCGGAUAGCCCUCUCUUCAACGGGCGCCUUACCAUAGCUUCGGGGGCUUCAGUCGAUGUAGUGGACGAUGAUGAACGCUCUCCUUCGCCACUCUACAACCGGACUGGUGAUCUAAGGGUAGACAGCCAUUGGCACGCUGAAGACGAAUCGUCACCUCUCCAACAGCGACAGGUAGCAUUCGCGCAUACCGCCAAGAGACGCAAGGUUAUACAUCCGGGAAUCAGUGUCGCUGAGCUCAUCAACGAUUCUUCCCCGUCCGAAGACGAUCGUUCUGACGAUGUAGACCAUCUGUCUGACGCCGAGUCUCCGGCUUCGUCGUCUGAGCUCGAGGACGACCUCCCAUCGGCUGUACGACGCACCCCAAAUGAAGAGUCUGGCCGAUUUAGCCAUUUCAGAUCGCUGGCUUCGGAGCCGAAUCGACCUGGUCCUAGCUCGAGACCGGCUUUCAGAACAAACCCCGAGGAUAUCUCACACGGACAAGCUGUCAGUGGGCCAGUGCUACCCGACAUAUUCUCCCCGUCGCGUCGAAAAGGCAAGAAAGACUAUAUCCCUGGCGGUACCGCAGAUCUGGUCCGAAGUUGGGUGUUAGCUAUUCCUACUCAAGAAUCUCAUGGUCACGGCCAAUCACUUUCGGAGGAAGCGUUGUCCAUAACCCAAGUAAAGACCGACAGCAGUGGGCGUUUCUGGUUGGCUACUGAUGACAAUGGCGCACUGUGGCUUCUUCCACAUCAGCAAGAGAAAGCCGGAGCUGGCUCUCUUAUGUCUCUGUCAACCCUUCGCCCUGGCGCUCGAAUUCUGGUCAAAGGUCAAGCGACAAAGUGGAGUCUGAAUCUCGACUCUUGUGGGUCGAGCACAGUGACUGUCGCUGCGUAUUGGGAAAUCGUCCUCCCUGGCUGA